CCAAAGCACUUUUUACUUCCUGUUAUGAUUACAGUGCCCUGUGCUGCUCCACUCUGUGCUGCUCUUCUGUUCUCUGCUAUGUGUACUAGUGUUACAGAUCAUGAUUUCUUCAGUCACAGAUUCUGUAAGCAUCGGGACAAGCAAGAGUUUUCCCAGUUUUGGCAGACAUGGAAUAAAACCCUGUCAACACGACACCUGCUCACAGCCGUUUGGCAAACCCAACCUUUGCUGCCAGAAGGCUGACCACAAGAGGUGUGCCCAGGGAGAGAAGUUGUACAAAGGUCUAAAGACAUUUCUGCAGAGGACAUUGCAUAUCUCUACACGGUCAAAAAGCCAUAAGGUGGAGACUUUGGAGGAGUCUAAAGCUAUAAUCAGAGAGUUGGCUGCACAGCUGGGUAGAGUCUCACAGUGUGGGGAGAAUCUGCAGAGCAGCUCAGUAGACGACAGCUACAGCCUGGCUGAGUGCCGACUCUUCAUACUGCAGUGGGCAAAGGAGCUGGACAGCCUCCCCCAGGUCAGUGGGCCAGUGGAGCUGUGUGAGAGCUGGGAGCAGUAUGAGGAGGUGGAGAAGACCCACCCAGAGCAGGCAGACCGGCGGCUGAAGACGGCCCAGAAACUGCUCUCCAUCUGGGCCUCAGAACUGGAGGAACGGCCCCAGGGCUCUGUGUGUGCAGCAGAGGAUGUGAGGAGUGUGUUGGAGGAUCUGGGGAGGCGGUGGAAGAGGGGGCAGCUGCCCAACAUGCUGCCAGCCCUGGACUUCAUCAUGUGGAGCGUGCUGCAGGAUAAGCCCCUGAAGGGUGGCAUUCCGUAUCUGUGGCUGAAAUCCAAGCAGAGAUUUAGGAGCCAAGGAGCUGUUGACCACAUUCCAGACAUAGUAUGGAACAUGUUUACGGAAUCAUAUGUAAACAUGGUCCUGGAUCAAAACACAGCCCACCCGGACUUCGUCUUCUCCCCUGACAGAAGACAGGUGCGAGUAAGGCAGUUCGGGGAGAGACAGGGCGCCUCAAGGAGUCGUGAUCGGUUCGACGGCUGGUGGUGUGUGCUGGGUACCGAGGGCUUCAGCUCGGGCAGGGCCUACUGGGAGGUGGGUGUGGUCGGGAAGGAGGACUGGCGGCUGGGGGUCGUCAGGGGAUCCGCCCCCAAGAACGGCUUCAUCGACCUGAACACACGUUCAGGCUACUGGACCCUCCGGCUGCAGAGAGACUCACUCAGGGCCUUAUCUGUCCCUGCCAAAGACCUGCCCCUGUCCCAGCCCCUCAGCACGGUCGGGGUUUACCUGGACAUGGAGGAGGGGCAGCUUUCCUUCUACGACGCAGAGAGACGCAGACACAUCUACACCUUUAACCACAGCUUCAAGGAGGAGGUGUUUCCCAUCGUUGGCACCAUAGAGAUAGACACAGACCUGAUCAUACUGCCUCAACCUAACCCUUAGGGGGCUACAGGUGCAUUCUGUAGCAUUGUUGUAAUGGUCAGACUAAGAUUUUACUUUUGCAUUAUUUUAAGGGACAAACAUAAGAGCAGAAGCCUGGAAAAAUCCAGACUCAUUCACAAAUCAGUACAUGACACAUACAGACUCCGUUUACUACACAGUUGCGUUCCCGAUGGUCGGGGGUGUGUAGCCUACUAUGCAAAUGCAUGGAAGUAGGCAUAUAACCGUAAUUUGAUUGGCUGGCGCCUUCCGUGGCUCUCCGUCGGUGCAGCAAAAGUUGAACUUUUCGACGGGGGCGACGGGAGCAACGCGACGCAACGGACCCACAAUUCAGUUUGGCAACGGAUAACGUAAGUCCAAGUGGACGAGAUACGUCUCCAGCACUGCACGCAACACAACUGUGUGUAAGCACCAUUAGUGGCAUCUAUACAUUCGCCUUUGUAGCACAAGCAUAUGGUUUACUGAACCAUGAAAACAUUGUUCCUUGCUCAGCAAGGAAUUUGUACAUUAUUUUACAUUUUUACUUUCUCCUCAAGCUUUUACAUUGUAUAUACUGUAGUCUGUACAGUACUGAGCGUAUGAGCUGGAAAGUGAAGUGUAGUUAGAUCAUUGUGCUGCAGCAUGUUGCCACUUUGCUCUUGCUGCAAAACCACAUCAUGUUGAUUGCACACUGAAUUAACCAAAACCAACAGCACCAAAAUAUAUGUGCUAGAUUAACUGUUCUAAACUGCAUACACUUUUGUUCCCCUAUGCAUGCUAAUGUGAUAUUUUAAAUAAAAUAUAAAUUGCGUCGGAA